AUGCUUAACGAGUCAGAAGCUGCAACUCAAAGUUGUUUUGAUCUCUCCGUGAAUCGACACAGGUCGACAUCAGAGAAGUCUCAGGAUAUUUCCCAUGUGCUGGCGAACAUAUUUAAAGACCUCUACACCACGGAGGUCAUUGGCAAGGACACUGUUGCAAACCUGACGAAGUCCCACAGGGGAGAGAACACCUACCAUGACAAAUACGUGGAAGCACUGAAGCAGGUCCAUUCAGAAUACGGAAGGAGAAUGAGAGACGCUGACAUGUUGGAAAACCACAUAAUCCAGGCACGGCUGCAGGCCGCGGCCACAGAGGACCACGCCCGUAGCAGGUUGCUAGAGGAGGUGGGGGAGACUUAUCAUCACCUGGCCCUUCCACCAGUCACGUCAGCUUUUCUCUGGUGUGUGGAUAACAGACUGCUGAAAAGACACAACUUAAUAUGCCCGCAAGAUUACAUGACAGAGACUGUUCCCCACGUAAAUACCCCCAAAGGUAAAACCACCCCUGGAUUUGCCCAGCCCACGGUGUCCUACAAUAAGCACGUGUGCAAAAUGCCACAGGAUGAUGGCUACACUUUGGUCACCCCUCUAGAACAGAAUGCCGAGUGCAGGCUACAGGGGUCAGAGGUCACACUCACUCUCUCCUCCUCCCAGGAGUCAGAUGCCAUGAGGUUUAUGCCCACCAAGCCCUCCGAGGUGCGCGGACCACGCUGGAUGGGAGAACCCAGCGCGGAACAGCGGGCGGAGGAGAAGAGAGCCGUGCAGAGGCUGAGAGAACGACACGACUUCCUGCGUAACCCUCGUUUCCUUCCCCCGAACGCCCAGCGAGGGGGCCAGUCCCUCAUCAUCCCGGGGAAGAGGCAGGAAACAGGGGCCAGAGACAGGAGAAAGGGCCCUGUACAGGAGAGCGGCCCCGAGGCCCCCGUCCCGGUGUUCUUGGCGAGUCCUCCUGUGGUUUUCUUCACCAGCUACAGAGCGGGACAAGUGUAUGAGACCACAGUGGAGCUGAGGAACAUGACUGCGUCGAGCCGUCAUAUUCGCCUCAUUCCUCCAAGCACUCCGUACUUCUCCAUCGGCCUGGGAAGAUUCCCUGGUGAGGGAGGCAUCGUGGCCCCGGGUAUGAGCUGUCAGUACACGGUGCGUUUUGCUCCAGACUCGCUGGCUGACUACGAGGACUUCAUCGUCGUGGAGACACAGUCGCCUUACCCUCUGGUCGUGCCUCUGGAGGGCCACCGACCACCCCCGAUACUGACACUUCCUGCAGUCCUGGACUGUGGCUACUGUCUGGUGGGAGGGGUCAAGUUCAUCGAGUUUCUGUGUCAGAACGAAGGCCUGAGUUCUGGAACCUUCUGCAUUAUGCCAAAGAGACACUGGCCAGCAUCCAGCCUCAGGUCUGUCGUAAAGUCCAGCUUUGCCGAACAGGCUCCGUUUGCUAUCAGCCCCUCCCUCUUUGAACUCCACCCAGGGCAGGCCACAGUGAUGGAGGUGGUUUUCUUCCCGACGGCGGACGAGUUCUGCUCUCAGGACUUCACUAUUGUGUGUGACAACUGUCAGGUGAAAGACAUCACCAUACAGGGCACGGGUCAGCUGGUUGCCAUAGAGCUGGUGUCAGUGUCGGGAGGUGAGGAUGAUCCAGAGUUUGGGGAACUGUGUGACAUCACCGCUGACCACUUUGUGCGGUUUGAGUCUGCCAACCCUUUCUCUGUUUUACAGAAGAAAGUGAUCAUCAAAAACAAUGCACAUCUGGAGCUGCCAUUUCACUGGCAGGUCAUGAAACCCAACCUGCAGGCUCUGUUGCCUGGAGAAGAUCCAGACCCUGCCCGCAUCCAGCAUCACGUUGCCACGGACGAUGCCUUCAGCAUCAAACCCUCCACUGGCCUGCUUGCCCCCUUAGAGGAGUACGAAUUUCUUCUCAGCUAUUACCCGCAGGAGUUGACAGAUUACCACAGUGUGUGUCAGCUGGUCAUCCUGGAUGUCCCAGACUUGCCCAGAGUAUGCAGUGAAUCUAAGCAGUUGGAUCAGGUGCCCAGGGUCAGUGAUGUGAUUGUGACAGAGAUUGAGUGUAAAGGGUCAACCGAGCCGUUCCGGAUCCUUCUGGAACCCUACGCCAUCCUCAUACCGGGACAGGUCCUCAUCAACACCACCAUACGCAGAGACUUUAAGAUGUGGAACCACAGUAAGUCAGUAAUUCGUUUUGAAUGGGAGCGGAUCACUGACUGUUAUAUCGUUGAGGUAGCUCCCCCUACAGGUGAAAUUGAAGUGAAUGAGUGUUUUGAUAUGGAGUUGGUUGUAACUGGAGGGAGACCAGGCCAGUUUACCUCCACGUUACAGUGUCAUGUCCAGCACAACCCCACUGCCAUAGGACUGCCCAUCGAUAUCAACUUUAAGGGCCCUGAGCUGACUGUGAAUGUGGCUGGUCUGGACCUGGGUUUGCUGAGGCUUGGAGAUGAGGUCUGUUCCACACUGGAGAUCACUAAUAACACUCAGCUGGAGGCCCACUGGAGCCUACAGGAGCUGUCCAGAGAGCAGUCAGCCAACCUGGGACAGUUAAAGGUGGAGCCGUGUGGCGGUCUUCUGCAGCCCCUGACCUCCUGCGGUGUGACUGUGCUCUUCUCUGCUCUGCGCUGUCAGCAUUUCGACUCUGUCCUUGAGCUGUCGGUGCAGAACGGCACUGGAUGUCACCUCUCGGUGCAGGCAGAUGUACAGUCUCCUCAGGUGUGUCUGCUGAGCUGUGAGCUGGUGUUGUGCGAUCUCUUUGUUGGAGUCCCACACAAAACCUCGGUGACUCUGUUUAAUCAGACCCUCCUGCCGUCAUACUGCACCUGGACCACGCUCCGAGGCUCCCAGGCCCAUCUCUGCUCUGUCAGUUUCUGUCCUUCCUCUGCCACCCUGGGUCCUAACGCCCGGCUGGAGGUCACUGUGUCCUUCACUGCUCACACUGAUGAAGAGUUAACUGAAGUGGCAGCGCUGUGUGAGGUGGAAGGCAUGAAUAAGCCUCUAGUCCUGGGUUUCUUCUCUAAAGCCAGACGCCUCAGUGUGUCCUACUCGCUGCCCAAUGCUGACCAUUCCAACACAGAUGGUUUCAACCAAAGGCCAAUGACACUGGACUUCUCCGAAGAGGACACCGUCCUUCUGGGCAAAUCAGUGACCAGACAGCUGGCGAUAACCAAUCACACGGCUAUUCCCGCCCCCUUCACUGUAGAAGCAGAAUACUUCACUCCUUUUACGCACGUACGAUCGCCCAAAGCUUCUCAACCGAGAGGGCUACAUGCCGUACAGGCGAAGAGAGUGGAGGAGAAGGCAUACGAGGAGUUUUUGAGUAGUGUUCUCAGCAGUGGGAAGGGGGCAGCAUUUCUGGCGCUGCCUGGCUCGGGGACCCUGGGGCCUUUUGAGACUCAGAUCGUUGACGUUACCGCUUUCACCAACAUGUGGGGUGAUUACCAGGAUCACCUUAUAUGUAAAGUUGGAGAUCUGGAGCCGACUCUCAUCCCUGUGAAAAUGUCAGUGAGGGGGUGUCCUCUGUACUUCCUCAUGACUGGACCCCCCCAGCCCGAGAACCAGAACCAGGGCCCAGUCCUACGGUUUGGAGCUCACGUCUCUGGAGGUGACACUGUGUCCCGGUCCGUGCGUUUACACAACACAAGCCCCUACGAUAUCCGUGUGGACUGGGUGACUUUUAACCGAGACAGUGAGGACAGGAAGUUGAUCGACUUGAUAGUGACGUUUGGGGAACCAUUUCCCUUGAAGGAUGCUGAUGGCAAUGAGAUUUUGGGAGGGGCGGGCUCCAGUCUCAUGUUCCUGCCUACCUGGGGUCCAAGCCACACCCCCAGCUCAGAGAACUCAAGCUCCUCCCUUAGGACUCAGUCUGUGAGUGAUAUUGAGGAAGAGGAGCAGAUGGAGGAGGCUCCAGCGAGGAAGCUCUUAGCCGUGUCUAUAAGACCUCAUGAGGGCGCCGCCUCCGAUUACCCAUACUGCAUCACUCCACAGCAGAUAGUGGUUCCAGCAGGGGGCAAUAGUACUGUCCAUGUGUCCUUCACUCCACUGGUGUUGUCAGGGCCGACCUCUGACCUCUGGUGUUUGGGUUUUGCCCUUGGCUUCAUGUCUCUGGAUGCUGAGGGUGCUGCAGGGAUCCCAGGGAAAGUGGAGAGGGCUCAGGGUUACGAGCUCCGGCCUUUAAGAAUGGAUCUCCAGGCUUCUGUCAAACCUCCCGUUCUGACUGUCAUGUUGGAGGAAGAUGAGGAGGCUCUAGAGUUCAAUGCCAAAGCCAGUGACCUCCUGCAAGGAGAUCAGCACAAAGAGACUGUAGUAAGUCGUUGGCUGCAGCUGAAGAACAGCACAGAGAUGUCUAUGAGUUUCAGACUGAGCACAGAGCCUCCCUUCUCAGUGCCCCAGCCCCCCCAGCGGAGCAGGACGGCCAGCUCUGGCACCCGCUCGGGGGACAGCCCCCUGACACUGCUGCAGCCCAGACACUGCAUGCAGGUGAAGGUGUCCUUCCACUGCUCCCUCUCUCUCCUGGCCUAUCUCAGGCAAGCCAGCAGUGAGCUCCCGCCCACUGUGACACUGCUGACUGCUGAGACAGGAGAGAGGAGACUGUGCAUCCAGCAGAAACUCACUAUUCGGUACAGCAACAACAGUGUACAGACGGUGCCCCUUCGUGCCAUUGUGGCAUUACCCAUGCUGCACCUGACCUGUAACAGGGUGGACUUCGGUGUGUGUUAUGUGGGACAGACGCAGGUUAAAGAGGUCUUCCUGUAUAACCAAGGAGGGUCCAGCAGUCACUGGACUGCAGCUUUAGAUCCUGAGGACGGUAGUGAUGCGUUCAGAAUAACUCCUGACCGUGGUACUCUGAAACCUUUGGGAUUCCCAGUGUCCUCCUCCAGACAGCCUCUCGAGAUCAGCUUCACGGCCAGUGAUCAGAGGGAAUUCCGGGCAUCCGUCACAGUGCGGGGUAUCCUGGGAGAGUCCUCAUUAACACUGCAGGUCCGGGGAGAAGGAUCGUUGGAUGAGAAAUACAUUCGUCCUACAGUCGAUACCUGA